CCUCAGACUGUGAGGGACGGUGCCAGACCAUCGUAUUCCUCUUAUCCCGAGGAACCUCAGACUGUGAGGGACGGUGCAGUCCUUCCAAAAGAGAAGAAGUUUUCCUGCACUGAGUGCGGGAGGUGUUUUUCUAAGCGAUCCAACCUUUGUACACACGAAAGAUUGCACACGGGUGAGAAGUCAUAUUCCUGCUUUGAGUGUGGGAAACAUUUUUUGGAUAAGUCUCAUCUUUACAUACAUCAGAAAUCUCACACAGGGGAUAAGCCGCUUUCCUGUCCUAAGUGUGGGAAAUGUUUUUCAAGGAUAUCCAAUUUUUACAGCCAUCAGAGAUUGCACGCGGAUGAGAAGCCAUAUUCCUGCCCAGACUGCGGGAAAUGUUUUUCACAGAUGUCCCAUCUUUACAGCCAUCAGAGAUUGCAUACAGGUGAGAUGCCAUAUUCCUGCCCUAAGUGUGGGAAAUGUUUUGCAAACAAGUCUUUUUAUCUUAGACAUCAGAGAUUGCACACAGGUGAGAAACCGUAUUCCUGUCCCAAGUGUGAUAAAAGUUUUUCACAGUCUUCACAUCUUUACACGCAUCAGAGAUUGCACACAGGGGAAAAGCCGUUUUCCUGUGCUGAUUGCGGGAAAUCUUUUUCAAUGAAGUCCAAUCUUCAAAGACACCGAACAAUUCACACAGGGGAGAAGCCGUAUUCCUGUUCUGAGUGCGAGAAAUGUUUUGUACAAAAAUCAGAACUUGUCAUACAUCAGAGAUCUCACACGGGGGAGAAGCCGUAUUCCUGUCCUGAUUGCGGGAAAGGUUUUACUAGGAAACCCAAUCUUCACAGACAUCAGACAUUGCAUACGGGGGAGAAGCCGUAUUCCUGUCCUGACUGCGGGAAAUGUUUUGGACAAAAGUCAAAACUUGUCACGCAUCAGAGAUGUCAUACGGGGGAGAAGCCGUAUUCCUGUCCUGAGUGUGGGAAAUGUUUUUCAGAAAAGUCUCAUCUUUCCAGACAUCAGAGGUCUCACAUGGAGGAGAAGCCACUUCCCUGUCCUGAGUGA